GGUGAACAACAAGGAUAAGUAAUGCAUCGUGCGCAUCGUGCAUGAAACGGAACGCAGUCAUAAUUGAAUACGUGGGGCACCGCUUUAGCGAGAGCUCAAUCGUUCUCAGUUCGCAACAAACUCCGUAUCGACUGUCAGACUCUCGGUUGUCGCUAGAAAUUACGGAUUAUCAGCAAGAACAUGUCUACAUACAAGCUAACGUACUUCAAUGUCACCGGCCUUGGGGAGCCAAUUAGGUACUUGUUAAGUCAAAGCGGCAUCAAAUUCGAAGAUGUUAGACUUGAAUUUGACGACUGGCCGAAGGUGAAACCUAGUAUGCCUAUGGGGCAAGUGCCGGUCUUGGAAGUCAACGGUAAACCGUAUCAUCAAUCCAAGGCAAUCGCUCGCUUCGUUGCUAAGAAGGGCAAUUUAUAUGGUUCCAACGAGCUCGAGGCCAUGGAAAUCGACGCUACAGUCGAGACUAUUGAUGAUUUAAGACAAGCUCUAUCCACCUACCACUGGGAAAAAGAUCCCGCUAUCAAGGAGAAACUCAAAACAAUCGCCUUCGAAAAAUUGCCUUUCUAUCUUGACAAGUUGGAGGCUCAAGUAAAGAAAAACGGCGGAUACUUUGUUGGUGGCAAGCUAUCGUGGGCAGAUCUCCUGUGGGCUGCAUAUUCUGAAUAUCUAAACUCUGUCCUGGCAGGAGAUAUAAAUAAAGAUCAUCCGGAAUUGAAGAAGCUGGUGGAGAAGGUUCGCGCGCUUCCCAACAUUAAAGCAUAUAUCGAGAAGCGACCCAAGACUCAAUUAUAAAUAAAACAAUCUCUAUUUUUAUACUUUUUUGUCAAUUGCGAAUAUGUUACGUUUAACUGUUAACUCUUUCUGCGACAUUUUAUAAAAAAAAUUAUAUAUUAAUUGCGAGUAGCUUUAAUCGGUUACUUUGUAAUUUUCAAACAAUUGUUAAUAUUGCUAUGUAAAUACAAAUGCAAAGAAAAUUAAAAUUAAAAU